AUGAUCCAUGUUCUUUUUUUCUGUUUUUGUUUGAGUGCUGGACUCACAGUGGCAUCUUCUUUUUGGAUUCUAAACAAACGUCUGGACUGCAGUCAACCGGGACUUGACCACUGCAAAAUCAAUAACUGUUCAGACAAAAGCGUGGUUGCACAACGUGCUCCUACCAGCCCAGACUGGGGUCCUGAGCAUGUUGGAGUCGAAAUGGACAAACACGGGACUGUCCCUGUUAUGAAUGUGCAAUGGAAACUAAAGUCAGAUGCAGGUGUAUUAAACCUUCGUGGAUCCGAGAUAAAUAUUCUGGAUGAAAGUACAAAUCAAAGUAUGUGUGUGCAGUUUUUCUACAAUAUCCAACAGCAGCUGAAUCCAAACUAUACGAGGUGGACAUUUUCCUUGGAUGGAGUUGUGGUGGAGCCCGGGCAAACAUAUUUGGUGUCAGUUGUUAAUUUGCCAGAACCUAAGAGUGGAGACAACAGGAUCAGAAAGCAGAUCACCUUCCCAAGAUGUGAUGACAGCAGAAUCCAAACAGCCAGAACGUGUCUUGAAAAUGGUAGCCUGUGGAAGCCUCACAUGACCGCUGCCAUGUCUGUUGAUAGGCAACAUAAAAAGUUGUACAUUGUGGUGAGUUUUGAGGCAGCACAGUAUUCAGAAAGAUACCAAGUAUCCAUCCAGAGCCAGGCUCUCCAUCAUUCAAGGAAUGUCUCAAAGGAAAAUACAACAUCACUGAAUGUGACAUUUGAAUUUGGGUUGUGGCAGCUCUCACAAUGUGAAAUGUUGUUAACGAUUCAGCCGUAUUUUCCACGAUGCAAAAAUCACUGUCGGCGCCACAAGGAGAAACUCGAUUACUGCCCAUAUUAUCCACCGCGGACGUUAAUUAUAAAGGCAGUUGUGGGGCUGCUUGUCAUUGAUGUUUGUCUUUUUUAUUUCCUGUGGAGAGCAUUUCAUAAAGAUUCUGUGAACACACCUUCAUCUGCUGCCAAAAGCGAACCAGAGGGUUUUCAGCUCCAGGAGAGAAAACGAGUGCUCAUCAUCUACUCCCUCGACCACCCGUUAUACAAAAACAUUGUUCUCAAGCUCUGUGGCUUCCUGGCGACCAAAUGCGGUACUGAAGUGGUCCUGGAUCUUCUGGACUCUGCCAGACUGGGAAUGUUGGGAAGCAUUCAGUGGUUGGACUGGCACAGAGAGCAAAUAGAAAGCUCUUCAGAUAAGAUACUAAUCCUGUGCUCACCAGGAGUACAAGCCAAAUGGAGAGCCAUGUGCGGUCACAAACAGGUUUUUCUGAGAGAGGACGCCCGCUCACCUGUAGGUGACAUGCUCACUCCAGCCCUCAGCCUCAUGGUCCCCCAUUUUAUUCGAUCUGCUUCCUUUGAAAAAUACAUAGUGGCUUAUUUUGAUGACAUUUGUUCAGAAAAGGAUGUUCCUUCACCUUUGAACAUUACAGUACGGUACAAGCUGAUGAAGCAGUUUGAGGAGAUCUUUUUCAGAAUCCACGAUACAGAAAAGCAUGAACCAGGCAGAGUGAAUCACAUUGAAGGGCUUUCAGAGGACGAGUAUCAUCAGUGCCUCUCAGGUAGAGCCCUGCGGGACGCUAUAGACGCUUUCCGUGCAUAUCAGCUGGUGCAUCCACAGUGGUUUGAGGAUGAAUUACUGGAGAGCUCAGAGGUGGAGGUUGAAGAGACCUCAGCGGAUAUCUAUGACAAUGACGUCACAAACCUCAUCACAUAUUUUAUACCUGACUCCUUCCAAGUCAUCAGCCAUGUAAAGACACAUGAAAGUGAUAUCACUGCAGACAAAACAGGCCUCUACAUGGCCGAACAGCUCCAAAUGUGCUCCUCAGUUGAACUCAAUCAUCUUAUUGUUGAGGACAUGCUGCCAGUUUGAUUUGAUUGUAUUAGCGUCUUGAGAUGCUCAUGAAGAAGAUCCUGCCAGCUGUCUGUGGAAAAUAUCGAGGACAGUCCAUCACUUGUGCUGUGUGAUGAC